AUGGCUAGCACUCCAGCGAAAAGUGGAGAAGCUGGGGAAAACGAAGCAGAAAUGGGAACAGUAAACAAGAGUAACAACCCGAAACCUGACUUAAGCAAUGAUGAAAGUUACAGGAAGUUGAAGGAAGACAAGAAGAGGUUGAAGAAGGAGUUGUUAAUUAAGGACAGUGAAAUAAACAGCUUAAGGAAACUACUGGAAGAAAGAGACAAGGACACGAAAGUAAAUUAUAUUCCACUGAGUGAAGCUAGGAAAAUUACAUAUAAAGCAUUACGAAAAGGAUCAGCGGCACAGAAAUUCAUCUACCUAAUAGAAAGUAACAGUAUCAAUUACAAAUUAAAAAAGAAGGCCAUCAACCAGCUGGUACUUAACGCAUUCGGAGUUAUGCAUCACCAGAAGAAUAGGUAUCCUGAAAUUCUCAAGUAUACCGACUCCCAUUUGAAAUUAUUUAGGCAGGAGCAAUUAAUUCUGUUGGCAGAAAAUGAAAGGUUAACAUUACAAAUGAAGGAACUAAAAAAACAGCUUCUGGAUAACAAAAUUGACAUUUUAAAAAAAAAUGAAAAAAAUUUAAUAAUGUCUAUGAGGAAGGGUAUGAAACAAAUACCAUCCGCCGCGGGAGAAGCGGGGCCAAGCGGAACACUCGCGGACCAUGAUGAGGAGAACUACGUAGAACUGGACGCAGAUGUUGUGGAAAAAAAUUUCAUAAAUUUAAUAAAAAAUUUUAAAAUCGCACAAUUAAAGUUACUAUUCUACGCAUUUAGAAAGUUAAGCAACAAUUUAUAUUACAAUAAUUACCCUGUGAAUUUUAGUACGAGCUUGAGUUCUUCGCUUAAACGGGGUGUAGACAUUCUGAGCAACAUGAUGAGGUAUAAAAAGCGUGCCUCUACAUGUGCGGCAUUUUAUAAAUUGCAAACUCAUAACGAUAAGAGUUUUGUUUAUAACAAUAGGAGGUAUUCCGAACAAAGACACAUGAACCGAUUUGCUAAUCCAAGUUGUCUCAUACAAAAUAGUAAAAAGAUUGGGGAGGGAAUUUCCAACUAUGUCUUUAAGCCCUACUACUAUGACAACUUGCCUAGCGCUACAUUCGACAAGGAAAGGAAGAAAUACUCUUUGCAAAGAUUAAAAAAGAAUUGUAUAAUGAAGAACUUACCUACGAAUGAGGAUAACCAAUAUCGCGUUAGUCGCGUUAGCAAUGCGGAAUGCGAAACCAUUUUUGAUCCUUUUUCGCGUGGACAUCCGAUGAAUGCAUCCAAUGCCGACAGGAAUGAGCGUAGCCAUGCGGAUAACACCAACGGGACUAAUCGAACAAAUUACAAAAACAGCUACUUCGGUUUAGGGAUAAAUAAAAACCAUAAUGACGAUUUUGAGAAGCGCACCUGCUCCAGCAAUUUGGACUUUGACUACCUUGCAGAAUUUAGUAACUACGACAGAGAAAAGUUCAUUGACAUGUUCAUAUCGGAGACGUUCAAGAGGUGA